AGGUUACAAUAAUAUGAUUCUUCUCCUCCGUCUGCUGCAAAUCGUUGCCGCCGCCGUUAUUUCCUUACCGGAGCAACUUCCGAUCAAUGGUUCGGGGUUAAAUUGGAGCUCAGUUCUGGUACCUACUUAUAUAGCUGAUGAGAACCAGUAUCAUGUCGCAAAUGCAGCGAAGCUUCUCAAUCGAAUUGCCUAAACUGGUUCCCCUGCAACUUCCAUCUCGGAUGGAGACUCAUCUAUGGUAUGUUAUACCAGAUGAAGUGAAGAGUACAUCUCUUCUAAAACAAUACUCUCAACUUCUGUCACCACCUGAGAAUGAUAAAGUUCUUCAGAUGCGAGGCGAUAAGCUUCAGAAGAAUGCUUUGCUUGCCCGCACUUUGGUUCGGACCACCAUUGCAAGAUAUCAAACAAACAAUGGGGUCGAUCCUCGGACCUUGAUGUUCAAGAAGAAUAUGUAUGGGAAGCCUGAGGUAGAUUGGCAGAAUUAUAAGAACUGUAGUGACCCACCAUUGCAUUUCAAUAUCUCCCACACAGAUUCAUUAGUUGCCUGUGGGGUGACUCUACAUGUUCCUGUUGGUAUCGAUCUUGAAGACAAGGAUAGAAAGAUAAAACAUGAUGUCUUGACAUUAGCAGAGAGAUUUUACUCUACUGAUGAAGUGACGUUUUUGUCAACUAUACCAGACCCCGAAGUUCAGCGAAAGGAAUUUAUUAAAUUAUGGACUCUUAAGGAAGCAUAUGUGAAAGCAUUAGGAAAAGGUUUCUCUGCUGCACCUUUUAAUACCUUCACAAUCCAGUUUAAGGCUGGAACAAAUGGAGGCUACAAUCUUUGCAAGGAGGAGACGAAGAAAUGCAACAGAGAUUGGAAGUUUGGCCUAUUGGAGUUGGCUGAUUCUCAUUAUGCUGCAGUCUGUAUUGAAGAUGAUCAAGCUAGAGCUCCUAUGAGGGUAAUUGUUCGAAAAACCAUCCCAUUUGUAGAAGAUGAACUUAUUUCUGAAAGCAAAUUUCUUUAGACUUGGGAGUAGUGGAGAUGGAGCGAAAGAAGAUGUUUACCAGUAUGGGAGUGAUACUACUUCAGACCAUCACAGGCAAGUAGUGACUGCAGGCUCUUCAUAGAUGAAGUUUAAAGCUUUAGGUCUGUUCUGUUUCAGUCAGAACCUUACAAAUUUGAAACCUUGAUGCUAUUUAUUGAAGCUGGAGAAGGGUUUACGAGAUGAACCACACUAUUGAGUAGCUUAGCAGCUCCAUCUGUUAAAGAAUCAUAUUCAUAUGCUUAGUCGUUGUCUCGUUGAGGACAACAGCGGAAUUUGCUAUCGACUGUCUUGGAAUCUGCUGUAUACAAUUCAAGUGCAGCAAGGAUGGAGACAAGCGGUGGGAAUCAUGAAUCCUCCAUGAAUGCAAUAUAUGAAUAAAAUGUUCAUAAAGAGAGACAAAAAAAGUGUAGAAACAGUAACAAGUGUAUAUGACAUCUUCUAUUAGCUGAA